AUGCCGUGUCCUCAAAAGCUGGGCAUCAAACUUCAGCCGAAUCGUGGGGAACUGGUCGUGCGGUUGCUCGUAUCCCCCGUGUCUCUGGCGGUGGUACACACCGUGCAGGACAGGGGAGGUCGAAUGUUUGCACCUACCAAAAUCUGGCGUAAAUGGCACAUUAAAACUAACUUGAAUCAAAAAAGAUUUGCCAUUACGUCGGCCUUGGCGGCAUCUUCUAUUCCAUCUCUUGUCUUGGCACGAGGUCAUCGUAUUGAAGAGAUUAAAGAAGUGCCACUUGUAGUCGGUGACGGUAUUGAAUCUUUGACCAAAACCAAAACAGCUGUUGGUCUUUUGAAAAGUGUCAAGGCCCACAGAGAUGUGGUCAAAGUUUCAAACUCUCUUUAUAACGAAGAUCACGGAGUUGUCAAGGCCUUUCGCAAUAUUCCUGGAGUUGAACUUGUCAAUGUUAGACAUUUGAAUUUGUUACAGUUAGCACCUGGCGGUCACUUGGGUAGAUUUAUUAUCUGGUCUCAGGGGGCUUUCUCUUUAUUGGAUGAAUUGUUUGGAACAUAUGCAAAGGUUGCUUCUCUGAAGAAAGACUACAGCAUCAUUAAUUCCAAAGAGAUUCAACAAGCUCUUCGACCUGCUGGAGAGAAACAUCAGAAACGCCCUUGGACUCAAAAGAAAAAUCCCCUUCGCAACAAUGGAGUAAAAAUUCGGUUAAAUCCUUAUGCAAAGGUUCUGCGAAGGGCUGAAAUUAUUGCAGCAGAAAAACGCAAGGCUGGCAAAAUUAAGAAAGAAAAAGUUCAACAUAAAGCUUCGACUAAGACCGAUCGAAAGUAA